AUGCCUCAGCAGACGUAUCUCGUUCUCUUGUGCCUUGCACUUCUCACGCUUCUUGCCCUUCUCCGGCGUGGUAUGAUGGGCGAGCCUGCUGCAGCGCUUUCCGAAGAGGAGAAAGCAGAAUGGCAGAAGACUUGGAAGUUGGCAACCUCCACGCUGGCCUUGAGUGAGGACGAGAGUGUUUUCGUUCAGUCGGUUGAGGUGGGGAAGCCAAACCUGCCAAUGCCAGCUGUUCUGUUAGAAGGUGUUCGCUAUUCUUUGACUGGUAUGAACCCUAUGGCCAAGCGGGCGGAUGAUGAGUUCAACCGAAGAGCGAAUCUUGAGUUGCAGGCCGUCCUCCAAUCCAUGCAUCCGCGCCCCAUAUCUAUUCUUCCAUCCUCUGCCGAAGAUGAUGAUUGGAAGGAGGAGGGGUUUACGGUGCAGUUUCCGCUGGAGGGCCCACACCACGAGAAAGAGCUGGAUGAGAUUAUGGUUGCCACCGGGCGCCGGUUCCAGCAAGCUGCGAUCUACAAGUACAGACGUGCAGUCGACAGCACCCAGCUACUUCAAUGGGUGCUCCCCUGCUCACCUUCUUUGGCAGCCGUCGCCUCUGAAACGUCUGUGGCUGUGGUAAGCCCUUUCUAG